AUGUAUAGCCCAUACGGCUCCUACAGCUCGCUCAACUCCGUCGCACAGCCGAUGGAUAUCGCGGCGAGCAGCUACCACACCUACAACUCGUCCUACCACGAACGCUGCGCAUUCCCCUCGUGGCCGCAGCGGUCGUCGCUGACCGGCUCCUCGGACGAGGAGCGCGCCACCUCGUACUUAUCCGACGACGACCUGUUCCCCUGCGACGGCCUCGAGGACGAUGUGCACAGCAUCUCGAGCGCCGGCAGCACGACGCCGACCUCGCCGGCCGCCACCGAGGUUGACCUGCUACAGCUCCAGCGCGAGCAGGCUGCCAUCCAGCGCGAGGCCAUCCGGCUCAUCCUCAACGAGAAAGAGCGCCGCCGCGCCCUGUUCAAGAAGCAGCAACGCCGCAGCAGCGCCGGCUCCAAGAAGAGCCCCAAGUCCAAGCCCACCCAGCUCGAUGCCAUCGCCGAGACCGGCGAAUGA